AUAGAAGGUAUCUGAAUUAGUGGGUAUGGACUGUAACUGUGAUAACUUCAUGCUUCUUCCUCAAUGAUGAUGGGAUGCUAAUAAUACGUACCUACGAAUAUUUAGUUACAACCACCACACCUAAAUAUUUUCUUGAUUGCUACGACAUUCAGCAGGUUUUCUUCUGCAAUUCGGGGUCAGGAUUUGAGAGUCGUCAAUUACAUAGAUAUACUAUAAAGUUACAAGCGUCUAUAUAAUUUCGCAGUUGAUAAAAUAUGGCAGUUAGAUAAAAAUGAAUCGUGAAAUUCAGUUAGUGUUUCUGUGAGUACCUAUGAUCUAUAAUCUAUAUACUACCUAUCAAUCAAUAAUAAUUUUAAAAUCGCUUAAAGGUUCAAAAUAAAAUCGCAAAUUGUUAUCGACAUACGAGACGAACUACAUUGCCUACUUAACUGUAGAGAUACCAAAACAAAAGCUGGUCAGUUCAGUGCUCGACAUAAAAUUACAGUCACAGGACGUGCGCGGGAACAGAGCGUGUAGCCAACGCGAAUAACAUAAUUGUAGUCGAAUAAUAGACCAGUGCAUUAUAACGAAAUCACGCGACAACAUUGCAACAAGUGCAACAUCCUGCAUUUGAACUAAAUUAUCUAACAAACGAGCACCUAUUCCAAAACGAUGCAGGUGCAAUAUCUCUUUUAUUUCUUUCUAAUAAAAUUCUCUUUUGCCCAAAUAAACGGCGAGUUCUGGUGGUUAAACGAUAAACUAGCCAGCUUUCAGAGUGUGCGACCACCGCCACCUACGUUUGAAAAUUUGAGUGAGUUUGAUACGGAUGAAAGUGCGAGAAUUGUAUUUAGAGAUAACAAACCAGACAGUGAAGUAGAAUUUUCGGAGAGUAUAAGUAUCAGUAAUAGUGAACCUGAAAGAGCCUCUAAAGAAAUAGUUAAUCACAACAUUAUAAAGUGGCCAGAAGAAGAAAAGAAAGUUUAUUUUAGUAAUGUAAACAGUAACAGUAUUACAGAAUCUGGAGAGGAACGAACUGACUCGCCUGAGAUUGGUGACAAAUUCACAUUUAGAUUUCCUGAUGGCGAUAAUUUUAUAUGGAAAGAUUUAUUUAAUUCUACAACUGUUUCACCCACUACUACGAGUGAAAACAAUACUGAAAAUAUAAAUAAUGGGAGCAUUCUGUACAAUGAUAAAAUAUCAUUUAAUAUGAAUUACCGAGAGAAACAGUCUGAAAGUAUUUGCACAUUUAUAAAAAGAGCCGAAUGCAGUCAGCGUAACGGAGUCGUUUUAGAUAUCAAAGCAGCAAGCAAAAUCAACAAUAACCAAUACAAAAUAUGUUGUGUGCUUCCGUUAGAAAAUAAAAACCAGGAACAAUCAAAAAUAAUAUUCCCGGACACCUCAAGAAAAAUAAAGCGACCCAAAAGAUCGAACAAGGAAAAUUAUGCUCAAAAGCAAAGAGACAUUUUGCUUCAACGUAGAUAUGCACAACAAAGCCACAAAUCAAAGCCUACACAGACAAAGAUUUCUACUCCUGACUACGAUUACGACGACCCAUAUUGGAAUGUAAAAAAUUUGAAACACCAAAACAAUCAGAAACAAGAACCGAACACAAGAUAUGAUUAUAUAGAUGAUUAUGUUGAAGAUUAUGUAGUUGAAGUACCAAAACCGGGACUCACUGGAUUAUAUUCGGAUCAUGGACAAAGUCGUCCUGAUUGGACUUUCUUCAAUAAAAAUAAAGGUUCAGUAUAUGGAAGCGAUGAGGAUUAUGACGAUAAUGACAGUGGCCAGUUCGGAUACUCUACUAUUGAUCCUAGACUCGGAACUGACAAGAAAUCUAAACGCGGGAAGCCAUUAAAAUUAUCGACCGCAUCAGACGAAUCGAACUACAAAGCAGAAAGUCAAACUAUUAGCUAUCAGUCCAACCCAGACUUCAAUGUUUUACAAGAUUUUAAACUCCUUAAUUUAAUGAGAAACAAAAGUAAGCCGCGACCAUUUGUAGCGAGAACAACAACAACGGAAAGCUUUGCAGAGGAUGAUAGCAAGGAAUCAUUAGUUAAUGGACCCUUUGAAGCGAGUUCUGAAAUUAAUAAUAGUGAUUUUGAAGACCUUCAAGUAUUUCAUGGUUGUGGAAAGACAUCAAAGACUUUGAAUUCAAAAAAUAAAGGCAAGCAGAUAGGUGACACAGAGAACGGCUCGCACCCCUGGCUGGCACUAGUGGUACCGACACAUAAGCUGAACGUUGUGCAAUGCUACGCCACGCUCAUUCAUCCCCAAGCUGCCGUCACUGCAGCAGAUUGCGUGCAUAGGAGCUCCCCCGGGGACGUGACACUAAUCGUCGGACUUUGGAACCUCAAUGAGAGAUCGCGGUCAAGAAGCCGAGUCAUUUCCUACCGCUUGCAUCCCCAAUAUAAGCAUGGGGGAUUGAACAACAACUUGGCGUUUUUGCACUGGAAGCGACCGUUUAGACUUGGGACCAAUAUUCAUCCGGCGUGUUUAGCUGAUCCGCGAUUGGGAGAUGAAUGCCUGUUCAUCGGAUGGGGAGGAUUUGAUCAAGCCAUGCGUCCAAAGUCUCGGUGGCAACGUGCAUCACUUCAUACUUGCAACGGACGACUAUCGCUCAAUGGGAUCAACGUGCCGAAAGAAGCAUUGUGCGCAUCUGUGCAGGCCCGCAGUACGGUGACUGGUAUAGGCGGUUCGUUGAUUUGCAGCAUGCACGGACGUCAAGCGGCGGUAGCGAUCGCCGUGUCUCGGGACAGUACGCUCGUUCUACUGCCCAUACAUGAAUGGGCCAUGCGGGCUAUUGCAGUAUUAAAGGACUAAUAUAAGACAAGAUCACGGUUACAUCACAAGUUGGGUGCUCACGCGAUCACGAGCGGCUCGUCGUCUGAAAACCCGUGGAUCGGAGGCACGUCGUCGUCAUCUGAAGCAAAUAAUGGUUAUUUUUAGCACUUUUCUUUAGCUGUAAGUUUGAUUUGAUUUAAAUAAUAAAGUUUUACAUUCACUAUAUAA